CGCAUGUCAUUUUCAAUGCGCCUAUAUAAAUAUAUAGUAUAAACAAAAUGGAUUAAAGUUUUAUAAAAAUUAGUUUUUGUUAUUUUAUGGAACUGUUGAAUACCCGUCGUCAUGUGGAAGUGCCAUAAAUGUGGGAAACCAGUAUACUUCGCUGAACGUAAACAAUCAUUGGGAUAUGAUUGGCAUCCAGAAUGUUUACGCUGUGAAGAAUGUGGAAAAAGAUUGAAUCCAGGCCAGCAUGCAGAGCACAAAGGUGUACCAUAUUGUCAUGUACCAUGUUAUGGGGCACUUUUUGGACCACAAUUGUUUGGUCAUGGAACAAGAGUUGAAUCACACACAAGCUUUGGAAAAAAAGAAGCUAGGCCAUCGUUACCUAGAUCACACUUGGAGUCAAAACUGAAAGUUUUCAAUCAAUAUUAUGAAGGCAAAAGCGGUGGAUUUAGGAGCCGCGAAGUAAAUGGAAGAUUAAUAUUAGAAGGUGCGCUUCGAAUUUAUUGGGGCGUUCGAGGAGUAAUUCAUUUAAAAGAAGAUGAUGAUCAACGUACAGUGGUUACAGCGCGGAAUAGAAACUCAUGCAGGCGUAGCGUUUCCGAUAGUAUAGAAGAUGAGGAUAAGGAGGAAAAUUCCGCGAAGGGUACAUCGGAGCAGGAUACAGAAACUGAAGCAAAAUCUGUUCCAGCUUCGCCUGAUCACCUUAAAAGUCUUACUUUGCCAAUGAAAUUAGAUGUUAAGACCAUGGAAUGGGAUGAGCUAGAUGAACUUCUUCAGGUUGAACGCAAAGUUGAGGACGGCAAUAAAUUAUAUCAAACAAUGCCUGAAAAUCUGCCGUCGAUUAGUUCGCAAACUAGCACGGAUGCACUACCGCUUUCUUCUCAGUCCAGUCUCGAUAAAUCUGAUUCUUGUGAAAAUUCAGAAACAAGUAGCCCUAAUCACCAAACCACCCGCGGUAAUGACAGUAGCAUAACCAGUACACCGACGCACAGUAUAGGUAGCUCGUCUAGUACCGAUACACCUAUUUACCAUGGAACACCGAACCGAAACGGGACGCUUCGAAGGAUAGAAUAUUUCGAUAGUUUGGAAAAAAAUAUACCUUGUAACAGAACUAUCAGCACCGACGAUAGUUGGAUAGAGAAAGGAUUAAAUCGAUCGAUGUCUGGACCAGACUGUCUGCAAAGACAUCGAACAGACAGUGAUACAGACUCCGUGAAUUCUCUUCAAUUUAGAGAGGAUGAUAACAUGACGAUGUCCACCGAUAGCGGAUUAGAGCUGGAUGGGGUAGUUUUACGACGAAAACAAGGGUCUACCGCGAUCAGACGUCGACCCGGAGGUCGUCGCCAAUCCCGUAGUCGUUUGCGGCGUCGUUGCUCGAUCAACGGACAUUUUUAUAAUCGUGAAACCAGUUUUUUCACACCGCCACAUGGAUCUCAAAUGUCUGUUUGGAUUACGAGCUUAGUAAAUACCCAAGAAGUUAUCAACCUCAUGUUGGACAAGUAUAAAGUCGACGCUAAGCCGGACAAUUUUGCGUUAUUCGUGGUCCGUGACAAUGGCGAACAAAGAAGAUUGAGAGAGGACGAGUAUCCUUUAGAGGUUAGAGUAGUAUUGGGUCCGCACGAAAACGUUGCUAGGCUCUUUUUGGUGGACAAACUUUCGACGCCGGAAAUCAGCUCCGACGUCGCUCAAUUUCUCAAUCUAUCUUUGGCAGAGUGUCACGGUAUAUUGCAACGUUAUCAUUACGAGGAGGAACGUCAAAUUCUCGUGUUGAAAGAGAAAUACAAAGAGAUGCGACGAAGAAUACGACAAAGAAUGGAGGAGCUAAAGGUCCGACUGUAGUUAGUACGUAUACUUAAUGAAUACUUGAAUACCCAUAUCAUUAUUUUUCUAUUAAUCCACACUUGAAGAUCAAUUCUUUCUUUUUUUUAUAAAUUAUUCG